AUGAGCUCGCAACGCAAAAGCCGCUCGGAUACCAAGCGUGAAUUGGACGCUCUUCGAGGACAAAACAGCACAAAAAGCUUUCGAUCUCUGCCAUAUAACAUCAAGCCUUAUCCAACACCGAAUGUUGCCGGUAUACCCCUUGCAUCCGAUCAUAAUGACAACGAUAAAGGUGCCAACCCGGAGAAAGCAAAGAGCAUUCCUGUAGUGAGUCCUGCUCUUCCCCAAGGAACGUCUCAAUUAUCUCCCGACUUAUCAAGUCACCCCACAGAACAAAUAAUGAAAGAGAGCAACAAGCAUACCGCAAGCAAUUCUUCCAAACCUCUACUAGCAGCGCCUGCCGCCAAUUGUGCUAGCACCUACAAGUCUCCCACUUCCAUGCCAUCGGCAGUCAAGCCAAGAGCUAUCCCCUUUGGUGACGAAUCUACCCCCGUCGUUUGCAACAGUAACAAGAAGGAAUCAGAUUCCUACGACGUAGAGAGCGUGAAUAUGUUUAUUCAAGAGUUCCUGUCCGGUGAUAGUUCAGCGUCUGAUAAUGAUAACAACAACAUCAGCAGCAACAGCAAUGAAAACAGUCCUACAAAUAGUGGUGGAGAGAGAGAGCCGAUAGCCAAGAAAGACCCUCCCAGUAGAAGUACUGGCACACCCGAACCCAAGCCUGUUACCCACAAAAAGGAAACGCCACAGACAUCACCCAGAGGUGGCCGCGUUACAGAAAAGAUACCAAGCAUUAUUGAGGAUACCGGCGAUGACAACCCACUCAAUCUUUCCGGCAUUAGUUGGACGGAAGAAGGUGUCAAGGUUGGAAGCAACGCCUUUCUCGCGAGGCACCCUGAUCCUGAUCAUGCCAUUUUGUACAGAAUCGUCUCCAAGGAAGAAGCGGCGGACCUCAUGGCACGACAAGAUACUGAAGACACGGAAUGUUCCCUGCUUCCCAAAGCCGAAGAAGGUAACAUUGACACGUCUCCAGGGAACACAUCGACUGCGAGUGCUCAAGAUCCAAAGCUAGCUUGGAAGAUUCGAGCCAUUCUCUGCUUCAUUGGCGCCAUGUUCCUAGUUGUGGGUCUCUUUGUUGGCAUCGCCGUGGCCCUAAUGAAUGUCAACAAACUCAACCCGCAGCAAUCAGAACUUGCCAGCAUCACAAACAGUCCUACGCCGAUCUCAGUGAUGAAUGAAUCAACUGCUCCAAUACCCCAACCAACGUCGCCCCCCAGCAGGAAACCCUCUGUGAUGACAGCAAGGCCCGUCGCCACCAAGAUUCCAACUGCAGUCGUCGAGGAUGCCAACGACAACUUGAGCACCCAUGCCCCGACAUUUCAACCUUCCGUUCUGCCACCAGUAUCCUUGUACGAUGUGCUGGAUUUGUCACAAGAUACAUGGGGAGCCAUGGCGGAUAGCAACUCACCGCACUCGAAAGCCUUCACUUGGUUGCAAGAGGACAAGACCUUGCCCUACUAUUCUCCGAGAAGACGACACCAGCGCUUUGCACUUGGAGUUUUCUUCUUCGCAACCACCGGAGCUAGGUGGACACGCAGCGAUUCAUGGUUGGGCAAUGGCGUGAACGAGUGUGAAUGGUGGGACAAUCCCAAUGGAACUGGGGCUCCUCACAUCCCUUCAAGUCUUGAUCUGUCCUUCAACAGGAUGAGAAGCAACAUCCCUUUCCUGGGUCCAUUGACCAAUCUACAAACACUUCGACUCGAUCACAACAUGCUGUCAGGAUCAUUUCCAGACAUGCGAAACUUGAAAUCCUUGAGCAAUUUGAAUGUUACAUCCAACAUCCUAUCCGGAACUCUACCAGCGGGCUUGGGUGCACUGACAAAGCUUGAAUGCGUUGGAAUAGCGGAGAAUCGGCUCACUGGAGCUCUCAGCAACGACAUUGGACGCUGGACAGAUCUAAAAGAGCUUUGUCUCCACAAGAAUCAAUUCACGGGGCCGAUCCCAACAAUAGUAGGCACAUUGACCAACCUAGAGUCCCUGCUCCUCCAUACGAACGAUUUCGUCGGGGCAAUCCCCAGCGAAAUUGGACAGAUGCGAGGCCUUCGCAGGCUCCUUCUCGAUUCCAACAAACUUUCGUUUCGAAUUCCAACCGAGCUGGGGGUUUUGACACAGCUAGAGUUUCUUUGGCUCUCCACCAAUUCACUCUCUGGACCUAUUCCUUCGCAUCUUGGUCUCCUCACAUCACUGCAAGGUCUCUAUUUGCAUGUGAACGAAAUCACGGGCGUGUGCCCCUCUGAGCUAGGGAAUUUACGCCAACUAAAAGAGCUAAGACUGUUUGAGAAUAAACUCCGAAGUGCCAUUCCAAGCGAGCUUGGUAAUCUUGCAUCCUUGGAGCAACUAUCAAUCGGUUGGAACACUUUCUCUGGUUUCAUUUUCCCAGAAGUGGGUCAGCUAACAAAUCUUGUCGAGCUUGAUCUUGCCUCCAACAACUUGGAUGGUAAAAUCCCUUCCACUCUGGCCAAUUUGACGAAUCUCAAGCAUCUAUGGCUGUUUUCGAACAACCUCGAGGGUCAAAUACCAGUUGGCAUUGGACAACUAUCACAUCUGGAGCAAAUUUUGCUGUUCUGGAACAUGCUAUCAGGCUCAAUUCCUUCAGAAGUUGGUCUUUGCACCCAUCUGAAGAUUGUGUCAUUGGAAUCCAAUGAGUUAACCAAGCGAAUCCCGAGCGAACUUGGAACACUUAGGCAGCUCGAGUGGCUAAUUUUAUAUGACAAUAACCUUGAAAAUGCCCUUCCAUCAGAACUUGGACUUAUAGACAGUGCAUCUUGGAUGCGCUUUGAGAAAAACAAUAGACUACGAGGAAGUAUUCCAAACGACUAUGAGAUGUUGACCAACUUGGAGCAUUUUUCUGUCCACGGCACAUCUGUAACUGGCUCGGUCCCCGAGGGCUUUUGUGAAUUGAUUUUCAACCAGCAGCUAAUGGUUGGUGUCGAGUGUGAAGAAGUCAGUUGUGACUGUGGUUGUGUGUGUUACGAUUGA